GGUCGAUGCCAAGGGAAGGAACAUGAAAUGUCUGACUUUCUUCUUAAUGCUCCCCGAGUCAGUGAAAAGCAAGUCGAGUAAGAGCUCCAAGAAAGGGAAUGCCAGCGGGAGCUCCAAGCUGCCCCCCGUCUGUUAUGAGAUUAUCACUCUGAGGAGCAAGAAGAAGAAGAAGAUGGCAGCGGAUAUUUUUCCCACCAAAAAGCCGGCGUCCACCACCACGGUGCAACAGUACCAGCAGCAGAACCUGAACAACAACAACACCAUACAGAACUGCAACUGGCAGGGGCUCUACUCCACCAUCAGAGAGAGGAAUUCUGUGAUGUUCAACAAUGAGCUGAUGGCAGAUGUUCACUUUGUGGUGGGUCAGCCUGGAAGGACCCAACGGCUGCCCGGACACAGAUAUGUUUUGGCUGUCGGCAGCUCGGUGUUCCACGCCAUGUUCUACGGCGAGCUGGCGGAGAACAAGGAUGAAAUCCACAUCCCAGAUGUAGAACCUGCAGCGUUCCUGGCGAUGCUGAAGUACAUCUACUGUGAUGAGAUUGACCUGAGCGCCGACACCGUGUUAGCCACUCUUUAUGCUGCCAAGAAGUACAUUGUCCCUCACCUGGCACGUGCCUGCGUCAACUUCCUGGAGACGAGCCUGAGUGCCAAAAACGCCUGCGUGCUGCUCUCCCAGAGCUGUCUGUUUGAGGAGCCGGAGCUGACGCAGCGCUGCUGGGAGGUGAUUGAUGCCCAGGCCGAGCUGGCGUUACGCUCCGAGGGAUUCUGCGACAUCGACUCUCAGACCCUGGAGAGUAUCCUGCAGCGGGAGACACUCAAUGCUAAAGAGAUAGUGGUGUUCGAGGCGGCGCUCAGCUGGGCCGAGGCCGAGUGCCAGAGACAGGAGCUCACCUCGUCCACUGAUAACAAGCGGAAGGUUCUGGGCCAGGCCAUGUACCUGAUCCGUAUCCCUACCAUGGCUCUGGAUGAUUUUGCCAACGGAGCAGCUCAGUCGGGCGUGUUGACGCUCACUGAGACCAAUGACAUCUUCCUGUGGUACACAGCAGCCAAGAAGCCUGAUCUGCAGUUUGCCAGCCAGACCAGGAAGGGCCUGACCCCCCAGCGCUGCCACAGAUUCCAGUCCUGUGCCUACCGGAGCAAUCAGUGGCGGUACAGGGGCCGCUGUGACAGUAUACAGUUCGCAGUGGAUAAGCGAGUUUUCAUCGCUGGGUUCGGACUCUACGGGUCGAGCUGCGGCUCGGCAGAGUACAGCGCAAAGAUUGAGCUGAAACGUCAAGGAGUCCUGCUGGGGCAAAACCUCAGCAAAUACUUCUCUGAUGGAUCCAGCAACACCUUCCCGGUUUGGUUUGAGUACCCGGUGCAGAUCGAGCCCGAUACCUUCUACACGGCCAGCGUGGUGCUGGACGGGAACGAGCUGAGCUACUUUGGACAGGAGGGCAUGACAGAGGUGCAGUGUGGGAAAGUGACCUUUCAGUUUCAGUGCUCCUCUGACAGCACUAACGGCACGGGGGUGCAGGGGGGACAGAUUCCUGAGCUUAUCUUUUACGCUUGACAUCCCCCUGUGCGAGCAGCGGACUCAUAUCAGUGCACUUAUGGAAAGUAGAAUCACUCUGUGCAUAGUGCCACUUUCUUUAAUUUAUUUUUGUCACGAUGAAAAGAAUCUGAUGUCAGACCUGUGAGGAGGUCUCACGUGGUUUUACUUUCAGAAAUUGGUCCACUUGAGUAGGACCACAUGCAGCAUAUGUUGUAGGAUUCUGGACCGUCAGAGUCCUUAAAAAAACCACCUUGCACAUGGCGUGCGUGUAAAUAUGAAGAUAUGUAAAUCCUGAAAUGUAUAUGAAGCCACUCAUGUGGUUACAGCUGGUCACAGAAAAUCUUAUAUAAUGAAUAUGCUACGAUAUGUUUAUUAUUUCUAUGCUUGCAUAGAAUGCACAUAUAUAGCAGCAAUACUUCACAGUCUGUAUUAAACAAUGAGCAUUUCAUGUCAUGACUCAGUCAAAGCAUUUCACUGACUCAUACCUGCAAACAGGAAAGAACACUGGAGACAGUUUCAGGUCUCCAG